AUGAGCCCUUGGGAAGAACCCUUGUACAUCAUGGAUGAAGCCAACUUAGGCUCAGUUUGUUUAUAUUGCAAUAUAGCGCAUGCGUGCUGGACUGCUGGUGUGAACGCGUGUGCGCGUAAUGGCGGACGGCAGCAAAAAGUUGUUUGGCUUUCACAUCGAAGGAAAAUACGUCCAAAGAAAUUUUCCACUGAUGAUGAGCAGGAAGAAGUGCUGUCAUCAUCAGAAGAUGAUUUUCCAAAAAACAAGAAACCCCUACCUAGACCAAAACCAAUAAUACGGAAGUCUAUUACAAACAUAUUAUCUGAUUAUUCUGGCCCAAUUCAAACUUUUCCAUUAGCUUCAGCUGGACAAUCGCAAAGGUCGUUUGAGGAUAGUGAUUCUACAAAUCAACUUUAUUAUUUGCCACCUCAACAUUCAGCAAAAGAUACUCAAUUGACUAAAUCUUCAGGACAAAUUAUUAGAGGUUCUGCGUCAAAUCAGUCAUUUUGCCAGGCUGCUGUUUCGAACUCGUCACCAUAUAAUCCGUCAACUAGUAAAGCAACUGAUGUACAGAGCAACAUCAGAGCUGUAGUGGAAAGUAAUGGAGCAAACACUCAAGAUGAUGUAAUCACUUUAUUGAAGACCAUUAGAGAACAGAACAAUCAAAUUUUGCAGUGGAUCCGAAAACAAGAUCGCAGUGGCAAUCACGCCAGUAAUACAGAUUUACCAGAUGAUAUAGGCGUACAGUUUCCUUUGAAUUCUCAAGAGGAUAUUACCAAAUUGGAAACAUACCUGAGUGAAAAAAAUAAUUGCCUGGCUUUGUCGGCAUAUCUAUCGACUUUUGGACGGAGAGAUUUUACUGGACAUACAAACCGCAUUUUAAAUUUUUUGUUCACCUAUUCUCUUGCAACUAAUUGGAAUUUUUGUGGCAAACGAGGUGAGAAAAAGGCUUUUAAAAACUUAAACGUAAAGGAUGUGAUUAUUGGUGCUGUAAGAAAAAGCUCCCCUCUAGUCAGUCAGAAAGAAAUAGAAGAUACCAUCAAGGUGUGGUUGAAACAUGCACCAGAGAAAUUGAAAAAGCAGCAGCAUGGCAACCCGUAAGAAAAAAAGUGUUGUUAGUCAAAGACAACUCUACAGAAGGGUGGCAGAAGCAAAUUUAGCACCUGUGAGUCAGAAUUGUUAUAAUACAUCUUUAAUAGUUAAUAAUGAUUCCAAUGAAUCAUCAAAUUCCAUUUUUUUUGCUGAUUCAAUGUGUGAAAGUGAAAAUGACACCUGUUCCUCAAGAGAUUUAGAUUUUAAUGUAAACUCGCCUAAUGAAAAUUUGCUCUUCAAUGAUGCGACGUUAUACAACCAUUUGACUUCCUA